GGGCAGACCCCGGGCCGGGGGAAUGCUGCCGCUGAACGGUUCGGGAUCACUGGUCGCGCUGCUGUUCUUCGCCACUCUCCUCACCCUCCUCACAGGGCUUCCCACCCGGAGACACAGACUGGGACCCCACACAGCCACCAGACUGCUGCAGGUGAAAAGCCACAUGAUCUCGAGGUCCACUCAGGGCCCGGACACCACGCAGACGGGUCACAAGCUGAGGAGUUGGCGAGCCAGCGGGCAGCACGUCCGUCGCAGGCACAAGCGCAGGUGGUCCCAGCAGAGACCCUGGGCCGUGCAGACACAGGCCAAGCUCAGCUCCACUGCAGAGGACACCAAACCCUUCAUCCUCGAUCUCAAGAACCUCCCCAACCUGGCCACCGCCGACCUCAACGCUCAGAACCCCAACAUUCAGGUGACGAUCGAGGUGGUGGACAGCCCUCAGGCGGAGGUGGAGAUGGACCUGCUGAAGGGGCAGAGGAACGACUGGUCGCUGAGUGCUGACGAGUGGCUGGCUCACAAGGACAUCUUCUGGCCGCUCUUCUGGGAGUACCCUGACUCCAGCGAGCUGGGCAGCCUGGAGGCCUCCAGCACCGGCCUGGGCGGGGGCGGGGGAGUGGGAGGGGGCGAGGAGGAGGAGGAGGAUUACCCCAGGGAGUACGAGGGGGAAGACACGCUGCUCGCUACACUGGACGGGGUGUGGGACCGUGGUUGGCCUCUACAGAACAGCUGGAGCUCCAAAGAGAAGUACCACUAUGAGUACGAGGAUGAUGAGGAGUGGAGCGUGUGGUCUCCCUGCACCGUCACCUGUGGCUCCGGGAACCAGAAGCGCACCAGGAGCUGUGGUUACGCCUGUACAGCCACCGAGUCCCGCACCUGCGACCACAGACGCUGCCUUGGGAUGGAGGAGGGUGUGACAGAGAAGACGUUGGGGGAGAAGGAAAACGGGACAGAAUUAUUUGACUCUGACGUGGACAGCUGCGAGAAGUGGCUGAACUGCAAGAGCGACUUCCUGAAGAAGUACGUGCUGAAGGCGCUGACGGACUUGCCCAGCUGCCCGUGCCACUACCCGAGCGAGGCCGUGUACAGCAUCGUCAGCGUGCAGGAGGCCGGCCGGGACCGGGCAUACCGGUGGAGGGACGCCAGCGGCCCCAAGGAACGGCUGGACAUCUACAAGCCCAGCUCCAAGUCCUGCAUCCGCUCCAUGCUCUCCCUGGACAGCGCCACGUUGGCCGCGCAGCACUGCUGCUACGACGCCCGCCUCCGGCUCAUCACCCGGGGCCGGGGGGCCGGAGCCCCCAACCUCAUCAGCACCGAGUUCUCCCCCGAGCUCCACUACAAGGUGGACGUGCUGCCCUGGAUACUGUGCAAGGGCGACUGGAGCCGCUACAACGCCGUGCGGCCCCCCAACAACGGGCUGGCCUGCUCGGACAAUCCUUCGGAGGAGGACUUCAUGGCUCAGUUGAGGGAGGCGAAGGAGUUUUAAAGGGGUGGCGUG